AUGAAAAAAUGGUCAGAAAAAAGAGUGCGGGGUCUCAACCGAACUAUUACCAAAAAAUUAAAUUCGAGUCCACUACUUGAUUGUGACCCCACUGACGUUUUUUACUGUCAUUAUUGCAGUCGCUCAUUUCCACGCUCUCGUAUAAGUCCAACACGUCAUGUAGCACAAUGCAGACGUUUAAAUACGAAUGAAGAUGGUGGUGGAGGUUCGUCUUCUUCCUGUAGUGGUGCUUUGAUGGAAAAUUUUGGUUUUUUCUUUUAAUUUUAAAUUUU